UCAGCGCCAGGGCUUCAGGGAGAGCAAGCUAGCUAGCUAACAACUAGCUGGCUAGCCAUAGCAUCAGGGAGGGGGUGGGUGCCAUAGCAACCGUUUAGGAAACAUUGAGUGGUGGCUAGCUAGCCGAGACAGUUCAGGCUAACGUUGGUUUGUUGUGCUAGCAACAAACAAGACGUUAGAGACUUGACCGUCCAAUUUAGCGUUUCUCAGUCAAUUGAUGUCACAAUUCCGCGUUAUCUACCUUUUCGCCAUUGCCCACAUUAAUGAACUGUAACUUGGCCCACUGCCUUGUGGGGUAACGCUAGCUGUCCAGAAUGACAGAUUGGUGUAACUGUGUAUUGAGUUUAGCUAACUUAGCUAAUGGUAAUUUCCGUCACAUGAAGUAAGCUAACGUUAGCCAUCUAGGCCGACCUGUAAACGCAGGUUACCUCAACGCCAUCGUUAUGCAACGUUAAACGUCAAAUAUUCAGCUUAAACUAGUAUGGAUGUUGAUGACUGCAAUGGCCGGUCUUACACAUCAGCUAGUGGGGACUCUUCAAUGGAAAGAGAGUUUUCUGGGGCUCUUGGAGGUCCAACAGUGAGCACACCAAACAGCAAGGAGACUUCCCCCAGUCGCUCCCUCAGCGCCAACUCCAUUAAAGUGGAGCUGUACAGUGAUGAAGACCCAGGUCGCACUGCGGAAGAUGAAAGAGGGGAGCGGGUAGAGGAUGGAGGUCCAGAGAAAGGAUCUGAGCAAGUCGGAGGCUACAGGGAGCUCACCAAUCCUGAAACCAUGCAAGCUGGAGCGACCAGACUGCCAAAUGGAAAGCUCAAGUGUGACAUCUGUGGAAUGUUCUGCAUUGGGCCUAAUGUUCUCAUGGUACACAAACGCAGCCACACAGGUGAGCGACCAUUCAAGUGCAAUCAGUGUGGCGCCUCCUUCACUCAAAAGGGUAACCUGCUCCGCCACAUCAAGCUGCACUCAGGAGAGAAGCCUUUUAAAUGUCCCUUUUGCAGCUAUGCCUGUCGAAGACGAGACGCGCUCACUGGCCACCUUCGCACUCAUGCAGUGUCUUCUCCAACUGUAGGGAAGCCCUAUAAGUGCAGUUCUUGUGGCCGUAGUUACAAGCAGCAGAGCACCUUGGAGGAGCACCGUGAACGCUGCCACAGCUAUUUACAGAGUCUGGAGUCACAUCAGCCCUCCUGUGUGCAAAAUCCAGGGGAGGAGAUGAGAGAGCUAGAGUUUAUACCAGACUCUCUACUGCAACCCUCCUCAGACAAGAUGGCAUUUAUCGAUCGGCUCGCCAACAGCAUCACCAAACGCAAGAGAUCCACACCACAAAAAUUUGUAGGACAGACGCACCUACAUCUCAACCUUCCAGAUGCACCUUAUGAGCUCAGCGCUGGUUCGGAUAAAGACGUGGAAAUGCCUGCAGGUGACCUUGAAACCCCACACUUCCCCAGUCUGGGAGGAGAAUAUGCAGGUGUGGCAGGAAAUGGAGGUGGAGGUUUAUCAGACACACGGAAGCCUCCACACCAUCUCACGACUCACCCUUCAUCUUUAUCAGAACUCAGGCCAAUCAAUAGCUCCAUUCACGUCUCUGCCGCUCUUGGCCCACGGAUGGAUUGCUCAGGGACUGGGGCUGAGUUGGGACCUGUAGCUGUAGGUGGAAGGGAGGCCGCGGAGGGUCAUGAAGAUCAGCCAGCGAGCCGAAGUCACGCACAAUCGCCUAGCAACGGUUGCCAGGACUCUACGGAUACAGAGAGCAUGGCGGAUGAGCCUUGCAACAGAACGGCGAUGACUCCGACCCUGCUCAGUAACAACGGCCACCAUCUUCAACACUCCAACCACCAUCAACCAGCACCUCCUCCUGUUGCACACCACAGGAGCCGGUGCGGACACAAUCCCAGCCACGCCAAAGACAUGGAGGUGAAACGAGAAGAUGUUGGCCACCCGGCCCUGCGGCCCUCUGGUGACGCGCUCACUCGAAUCUCGCCUGCGGCGGCCUCCUCUACCUCUCGGGAGUCGCUUCGUGUCGUAGAUGGAGAGGGGCGAGCCGUGCGCUCUUUCCGUUGCGACCACUGUCGUGUGCUUUUCCUGGACCAUGUCAUGUAUACGAUCCACAUGGGCUGCCACGGUUUCCGCCAGCCUUUGGAGUGUAACAUCUGUGGCCACCGCAGCCAGGACCGCUAUGAGUUUUCUUCCCACAUUGUUCGUGGUGAGCACGUCCUCGACUGAGAGUGAGACCUGCUUUACAGACCUAUUUCUACACUGAGACAGCGACCCGGCUGGGUUUGGUCUGCACAGAAGCUAAAGAAGACAGUUACAUGAAAGUGAUAUGAACAUUUUUAACAGGCACUGGUACAGUGAGAACGUAUCAGCAUUACAGGCAUGCUCUUAUGUGUUUUUUUUCUAAAAUUACAAUAAGGGUCCUUGUUGUCUUUAAUGCACUUUGAACAGGUAAUCAAUUUUAAGAUGCACUUUUAAAUAAUGUAUCAUAAAGUAGAGCCAGUGCAACUUUUCAAUCAGCAGAUGUGCCUUGAUCCAAAAUACAGGAUUCAAACCUGAUGCACAAUUUACAAACAAAUAAUUUACAACAAAUCUGACUUUUGUCAGUAACAAGAAACUGCAAAAACAAUAAUCUGACGUUUAUAGGCAUAAUGGAAUAUAUAUUUUCAAGACUUCUUAAAGGACUUCAACAAAAUGAUUGACCAACAAAUGUUGCGUUCUGCAAAUAUCUUUUUCCAAUGUGGGUUGUAUUCUGAAAUGGUUUGCUUUUUAAAAUGAGAAGCAAGGUGCAGACCAAACUCAUAAGCUAGGCCCAAGUCAUCCAAGAUUCAUUUGAGGGGUUGUCCGUGAAUUAGAAAUGCACUUUUGUUUUUAAAGGGGUGGGGGUGGAUUGAUCUGAGUGUGUGAGAAAAAGGGAGCACGUGACAGACCCUUUUGUGUUAUGGAAGGUAAUAGAAUAAUUGCAAAAUGGAAGCCUUUGUGUGAAUGCAUGUAUGAAAUGUUUGUUUUUCUUUUCUGUUACUGCUUUUGUUGCACUGAUCCCUGCCAGAAUACUAUUAUAUUAAACUAUUUUAUGAAAUACAUUAACGACCUGAACAAAUCUCUUAAAGUCUGAGAAACACUGAUGGAAUGUUUUUCUCAGAAGGAAUACGAUUAUUACUGCCACUAUUUCAGAGAUUAUUGUAAAGUUAUGGGCCUUUAUAAGUCAAUUAAUUUACAUUUCUUAACUACAUCUCACUGCAAACAAACACUAAUCUAAUGGUACUGUGCCUUUCUUCACCAUGAUCACACGAACAUGACCUACCAACCGCCACAUGUCGAGUACAGUGCCGUUUGCUGCCGUCCUCGUAAUUCAAAAAUAUAUAUUUGAAUUUACUUCCUAUAACAUUUGAAUAUAAUAAUAUUUCAGUCCAAACGGGGAAACAGGUGUUUAUUUCCAAAUAGCUUUUGUUGGUUGUGAUCUUAAUUUGUCCUGAGGUAGUGAAAUGGUGCAGAAAUUAAAUGUUAUUAAAUGUCAAGAGGUUUGUGUCAGUUAUAAGAUCAUCAUCUCUUGAUGGUCUUUAUCCGUCUAUGUGUUAGAACGAUGAAUCUGGUUGUUGUAGAAACUCCUUUUGUAUUUGACUUAAAGCACAUUGAGGGUUAUUGUUUAAGCAGGCACAUUUCUUAUGUCUGUGUUACAGAAUUGGGCACAGAAAUCAAUGCAUAAGUUAUCAAUUAAGAUCAGGACAAGUGAUUGAUCCGCUGAUGUCCAAGAGGCUAGAGGCCAUUAACACAAGAAUCUCCUGAGUUUACCUUAACUUGUGAUUUGUAGCAUCAAAAGAUGUUACUUUUUAGAUAUUCAUGCCAUAGUUUUGUCAUACUUAGCUCAGUACUGUAUGGGGUUGCACAUUUAAGUAGUGGUCUACAUGCAACCAAUGUACAUAUUUAGAGGUUUUUGAAUAUUUCCUUUGAUCCCCGUGUAUGGUUUGGUAUUGUACCAAAUAAUGGUUCCCCCAUGGUUGAACCAAUAAAUACUUUCUAUUUAGCACUUAUACUCCCUAUUACAGUGGCCAUAUACACAAUCAACAUAUUUGUACAUACAGCCUAAAUUCGGAAGGAAGGAGAGACAAGGUAAUAUUUAGUGAAAACUAAAACCAUGUAGAUGUUAAUUGUAUUUUUUCUCCUUGUUUUUGCAGUGGACAAUUCUAAAACAUUUGGGGAUUUCCAUUUCAAAUAGAAUAUUACAUUUUCUUGUUUUUCCUCAUCCUUUACCUUGAUACAAGUUCAAUAGAACUGCAUUUAUUUUUUGAUUGAUGGUGUGAGAAACUCAUGUGCCCUAACGCCUGCUGACUUUAAAAAGAGAGUCUUACAACGGAUUGUGGCUAUAGAAACACUUUGAAAGUUGAUUACUUUUGACUUCCAAAGUUGCUUCAUUAACGACAAUUAUUUUGUCAUAAUACAAUACUGUUAAUUUAUGUUACCACAGAAGUUUCCUGCAACCUAAUCUAACAUCUUAGCUCAAAAUGUCACGUCUGUUAGCAUGAGCGAAAAAUACAAAUUACAUCUUACUUUCUAUUGUAAUGUGAACAGAUUUUAAUCACACAACCCUUUUCAGAUCGCUUUCUUGUAGACUUUACUAUUGUGCCAUGUCUUUUCUGCAUUCUCUCUUCCCUCGACAGUUAAAAUACUAACAUUUUGAAGUGUGGCGAUUAACUCAUGUGGUGCAAGCGGAGAUUAUAGGUGGCCCCACAUUUUAAGUGUUUGUUCAGGAUUUUGUGGUUAUUCUUAAGUGCAACACCGAUCAGUAAGCCUGAUGCAUGUGAUAUCAAUGCUGUUAGCUUUAACCCCCCCCAACCCUUUUUUUUAAGAUACAAGGACAACCAAAUAAACAAUCUGUAUUUUAAUACCUA